AUGUGGCUGUAUAUAGCAUCAGUGUGCUUAAUCCAACAAGCUAUAAAUGCAGAAGAAGCCACAAUUCACAGACAUCUGAAUCCUCAAGAAUUCAUGACUGUUGGUGAAAUCAUCGAACACUGGGGAUACCACAAUGAAGAAUAUGAAAUCUUGACAGAUGAUGGUUAUUAUUUGCAAAUAAACAGAAUUCCUUAUGGAAUGCAUGCUCCAGAGAAGAAUGGGCCUAAGCCAGUUGUCUUACUUGUACAUGGUGUGAUGAUGGAAGGUAGAUUUUGGCUGGCAAAUCUUCCCAGCAAUAGUUUGGGAUUUGUCCUGGUAGAUGCUGGUUAUGAUGUCUGGAUACUAAAUACUAGAGGUACAACCUGGUCUAGAAGACAUCAGACACUUUCAAUUGACCAGGAAGAAUUUUGGGAUUUCAGUUUUCAUGAAAUGGGGAUAUAUGAUAUUCCAGCAGCAAUACGCUUUAUCCUACAGAAAACUGAGCAAGAAGAGUUGUAUUAUAUUGGCUUCUCUCAAGGUUCUGCAAUAGGUUUCAUUGCCUUUUCAACCAUGCCAGAAAUUGCUCAAAAAGUCAAGCUUAUGAUAGCUCUGGGUCCUGCAUAUUCUCUUACAAAUAGCAAAGGGAUUUUGUAUGGAACCCUACUAAUUCCUGAGGGAUUCAGAGAACUUAUCUGGGGCAACAAGGAAUUCUGUUUUUUUAGUAAUAGAUUAAAAACCAGCGUUGCCAAAUUUUGCAGCUAUGCGAUAACAGACAGGCUUUGUCUACAGUUCAUUUUCCUUAGUUAUGGAUAUAAUGAGAAAAAUUUAAAUGUGAGUCGAGCAGAUGUGUAUCUUGGAAUCUUCCCCGAUUUUACUUCUGUAAAAACAAUUAGUCAUUGGAGUCAGAUAGCUUUUUCAAAGGAAUUCAAACAUUUCGACUAUGGAUCUAAGAACAAGGCUAUAUAUAACAUGACAACUCCUCCAUUUUAUAGAAUAGAAGAUAUGACUGUGCCAACAGCUGUGUGGAGUGCUGGGAAGGACUUUGCUGUAGAUGAAACAGAUACAGAACUGUUGGUUCAUCGAAUCCCUCAUUUAAUUUUCUAUAAGAAUAUUCCUGAUUGGCAACAUAUGGAUUAUACUUGGGGUCUUGAUGCUCCUUUGGUCCUAUAUCCUGAUAUGUUUGCUGUGAUGCACAAGUACAAAUAA